AGGGCGAGCACUAAAGAGCGCGAGUUCCCGAUCGGCCUAAUCCAAAUCAAUCAUUCACGCAUCAUGAGCAAGAAGCAGUUAUCCCCGUGGAACAGCGUGGUGUCGGGCACGACGGCUGCUGUCCUGGCCGGCGUCCUCGUAUACCCCCUGGACUUAGCAAAAACCCGCUUGCAAGUGCAGGUGCAGCGCCAAAAGGACAGUCCAGAUAAUGACACAGCGACUGACCCUAAUUCUCGCGAUGUCCAGUAUAACAACGCCCUGGACACAAUCCUCCACAUCGUCGAGGAGGAGGGCAUCGCCGGGUUAUAUGGGGGUCUAGGAAGCUCAAUCACUGGCACCGCAUCCAUGAAUUUCGCAUAUUUCUACUGGUCUGCUGCAGCCCGGACCCUCCAUCAGUCUAUGGUCCAAUCCUUUGGCCUUUCAGAUUCGAAUAGUAUUAUCAAGGAGUUUGGCCUUGGAGCCGUGGGCGGAGCAAUGGCCCAGCUGUGCACAAAUCCAAUUGCUGUCGUUUCGACGCGGCAACAGACUCGCAAAUCUCAUGAAGAGAAGUUGGGUUUUUGGGAAACAGUCAAACAGAUAGUACACAGCGACGAUGGAUGGACUGGAUUAUGGAGAGGGUUCAAGGUCAACCUCAUCCUGGUGGUGAACCCAAUGAUCACAUAUGGCUUCUACCAGUGGUUAAGGGGGAGACUGUUCGCAUUGAGGAAGGACAUUGGGGCGCUUGAAGCGUUUCUACUCGGGGCGUGUUCCAAGGUGCUGGCCACACUCGUCACUCACCCUCUCAUCGUCGCCAAAACGAUGCUUCAAUCCGAUCCCCCCGAGAGUCGGAAAGGGAAGCCGUUCACUGGGUUUACCGAAGUCCUGCGAUAUAUCAUCACUAACGAGGGGAUAUUACGUCUGUACAAGGGACUUUCGCCGCAGAUCAUCAAAGGCUUCUUAGUCCAGGGCUUGAUGAUGCUGCUAAAGGAGAGAACCGAGAUACUCCUCAUGAUGGCUAUUUCCAUGCACAGGAGGCGGUUAGCGCGACAGUCGACGAAAUGAAUAUCUAGUUGGAUCUUGAUACCAGUUAUGUAAUUAAAUGCAAUGGCUUAGUCUAAUGCAAAGUCGCUCUAU